AUGUCGAAAUCACUUACAUUUAUCACCUCCAUUUUCUAUCUUUUCAAUUCGAUUAACGGUAUUUUAAUUCCUCGUAAUGUCGAUCUGACGCUGGUGUCGGAGGUUGAUGAAGAAGCGUCGAGUGGCGGGCUAAUAGGUGAACAAAAUUCUGGGAGUGCAGUAGCCGUGUCGAUACCGACGAGCCAAAGCAGUAAAGUAACAUCAUCCUACACCUCAAGCCAGGUAUCACCCACAGGCAGCUUCUACAGCGGUGCAACCGGUAUCACUUAUUCGCCAUACCAGAAGGACGGCAGUUGUAAAACUGAACUUAUGAUCCAGUCCGACAUGCAAACCAUCGCGGAUUUCAGCGUCAUUCGCAUAUACGACACUGACUGCAAUGCUAUCCCUUUUAUUUUGCAAGCCCUCAUAGGCUCUCAGAAAAUUAUGGUUGGAAUAUACAAUAUCGAUGCAAUUCCGCAAAGCGUUUCUAUCAUUUCCAGUGCCUUCAAUGGUGACUUCAGCAAGGUCUACGCUAUAUCGGUUGGCAAUGAGCUUGUAAACAGCGGUAUCAAAUCGCCGAAUCAGAUCCAGACCGCAGUUAACUCCGCGAAGUCUCAGCUUUCCGCAAUUGGUUAUAACGGCCCAAUUGUUUCUGUCGAUACAUUGAUCGCCUACGUCAAUAAUCCGUCGCUGUGCCAAUACUCGGAUUUUUUGGCCGUCAAUUCGCAUCCGUAUUGGGACGGUAACGUCGAGCCCUCAAGCUGCGGUACCUGGCUGGGCGACCAGAUCUCAAACUUGCAAUCCAAAUGUGGAACCGACAAACCAAUUUUGAUUACGGAAACUGGUUGGCCGACUCAAGGACAGUCCUUUGGAAACUGCGUACCUUCACAACAAAACCAGAUCAAUUGUGUGAGCUCAAUAACGCAAAGUCACGGCAGUCAAGUCAUACUAUUUACCACUUUCAAUGACUAUUGGAAGCAACCCGGACCUUACGGCGUUGAACAAUAUUGGGGUCUUUUUGGUAGCCCUUCAUCUUGA